AUGCUCAACCCAUACGGCACUGUCAUCUCGACCAGAAUUCUGCGCGACGCUAAUAUGCAGCCCCGGGGCGUCGGAUUCGCCCGGUAUGGUUACCAGAGUUCCCGAAUGCCGGCCUCAUCGCCACCGGUGUCCACCGCCAGCACAGGUGGUUCGUCACAGACUGCCUCCAACGGCUCGGCCUCAGCCAGCAGUUCGGGUUCAGCCAACUCCGGCCAAACCGGAAACGGCGGGAUCGCCAACAACGGCGGCAACGGAGCGGCCAAUGGAAACGCUUCGCUCGCCGAACAAUUAAGCAAAACUAAUCUCUAUAUACGGGGUCUCACACCGACCACCACUGAUAAGGACUUAUACGCUCUUUGCUCGCCUUACGGGACUAUAAUAUCGACGAAAGCCAUUCUCGACAAAAACACCAAUAAGUGUAAAGGCUAUGGUUUUGUUGACUUUGAAUCUCCGAUCGCAGCGGAAAACGCGGUGAAAAAUCUCCAAACCCAAGGAGUUCAGGCACAGAUGGCUAAGCAACAAGAACAGGACCCGACGAACCUCUACAUCGCGAACCUCCCGCCAUAUAUGACUGAGACUGAGUUGGAAUCGAUGCUCAACCCAUACGGCACUGUCAUCUCGACCAGAAUUCUGCGCGAUAACAAUUUUGUCGGAGAAAAAUCAUUUUCAAACAACAAUUUAAACUAUAAAUAG